CCAAACUUUGCCUCUUUACUCCAAAGUGCUGUUCCCAAAGCUGAGCAGCCAGGGGUGCGCGAACUAACGUCCGUGUGGGAGCCGCUGAUGAAGGGACGCGAGCGCCUUCAGCAAGACGGUACCGACUCUUCUUUCUGAGUUCUUCAGGAUCUUGUUCUCUGAGGAUUUUUUUUUUCCUUUUGACUUUUUUCCAUGAGGAAAAUUCCACCCAGUGCUGAAUCUCAGCACUUGGACAUUUUAGAAUGUAAAAGAAAGAUGAUUUUUAAUUUUUUUAAAUUAUGGCUGGCAUAACUUUUAUGUAACUUUAUCAUUUUUAGAGGACUAUUUCUUUUUCUGCGCUUGAGUACUUACAUUUAUUUACUCAUCAGUACUUGAGCAAUCUGAAUUAUCUUUAUAUAUAAGCACAUAUUUAUUACGUGUUGCAAGGAAACACCUUUUUGUCUGAUAGACAAUUUUCUGGAGAACCUUGUUUUCCGAAUCGCUGCGUGCCACAUUGCGGCUGUGAAUCCUGAAACACUGAAACAGACUAAUGACUAUCAAGGACAAUUCAGCCAUGCUGCUGAUUCUGCUCCUGUGCCUAUUACCUGGGACCCUGUCCCAGGACCCGGGGGCCCCCACGACCAUUCACUACCAGGUUUUAGAGGAGCAACCUGCAGGAACCAAGGUGGGCCGAAUACUGGAGGACCUGCAGAAACAUGGACAGAGCGGGGCUCUCGAAGACUUUCGAGUGGUGGAGCAUGGCCAUGCGCUGCCAUUCACAGUCAGAGAAGGAGAUGGACUGGUCACCACACUCGGCCAGCUGGAUCGGGAGGCCCUGUGCUCUGGUUCAGACCUGUGCGAGAUUCUUUUCAAUGUGUUAUACAGACAGGCUGGAAGCAUUCAGUUCCUCCGUGUUGUGGUAGAGGUCAAAGACCUCAACGAUCACAGUCCUGCCUUUCCCAACGCUGAACAAGAGGUGGAAAUCUCUGAGUCAGCAUCGCUGCAUAUGCGUAUCCCUUUGGACCAGGCUAUGGAUCCGGACGCAGGGCCCAAUGGCCUACAAACUUACUCUCUGUCUACUAACCAGCACUUUGCACUGGAUGUCAAGUCCCCAUCUACAGGUGGCAAGCAGGCAGAGCUGGUGGUUAUCAAAGUGUUGGACCGAGAAGCAAAAUCCUCUUUUGAGUUGACUCUGGUGGCCUGGGACAAGGGCAACCCUCCGAGGUCAGGCAGCACAUUGAUCAAAAUCAAUGUGUUGGACUCCAAUGACAACAGUCCUGUGUUUGAGGACAACGCCCCCUCUAUUGAGCUUGGUGAGGACUCUCCACGGGGUACCGUAGUUAUCAACCUGAAGGCCACCGACCCUGACCAGGGAGCAAAUGGCCAAAUAGAGUAUUCCCUCAGCAAACAUUCUCCUUUAGAUGUGCAGAAGCUCUUUAGCGUGAACCCCCAAACAGGCACCGUGACCCUCAUAGGGCUGCUGGAUUAUGAGGAAAAGCGUUCUUAUGAGGUUGACAUCCAGGCCAAGGAUAUGGGACCCAGUCCCAUCCCUUCUCACUGCAAGUUGCACAUCAAGGUGAAGGACAUCAAUGACAAUGCCCCCAGGAUCCAUGUUACCUGGACAGACCCAAGUUCGUCAGUGGCGACAGUGGCAGAGGGUGCAGCGGAUGAGACAUUUUUGGCACUAGUGGUGGUGUCAGAUGCAGACUCAGGUUUGAAUGGUGAGGUGCAUGUUCGCAUCCAGCACGGAGGGGGUCACUUCCGCCUCAAGAGACUCCAUCGGGACAAUUACAUGAUCGUCACCAAUGGCACCCUGGACCGAGAGAAACAGAUGGACUACAAUCUGACAGUAGUGGCUCAGGACCGCGGAGUGCGUCCCCUGUCCUGCAUCACUCACCUGACUGUUCAUGUGCUGGAUGAGAACGACAAUGCUCCCGUCUUCUUAAAGAGUCUUUAUACUGCUUCCUUUAAGGAGAACAAUCCCCUGGGACUCCAUGUUCUCACUGUACAGGCCCAUGACGUAGACCUGGACCUUAGCGGUGAGAUCACGUACUCCAUCCAGGAUUCCAAUGAACUUGGAACCUCCACUGUUUCUUUCUCCAUCCAUCCCAUCACUGGAGAGGUGUUUGCUCAGCAAUCACUGGAUUAUGAGGAAUCUAGUACCUUCUCCUUUGUCGUGGAGGCUUCGGACCAUGGCCAGCCCCCACUCACUGGAAGUACCACAGUGCAAAUCUACAUCCAGGACGUCAACGAUAAUGCUCCAGUGAUCGAGGACCCGCAGACUAAGAAGGGCAAGGCACUGGUUAUCGUCCCAAUAAAUGCAGAGAAAGGGGAGAUUGUGACUGAGCUUGGGGACAGGUUGGAGAACCAUUUAUUCAGUGGGCCAUCCUCAAAUGAGGGUAAUCACUCAACUUUCAGCACGCCAGAAGGCUUCCUGGCAACUACUAUCAAAGCCCGUGAUUUGGAUUCUGGUCUUAAUGGACAACUCCGCUUCACUAUAACUAAAACAAAUGUUGUUGGCUUGUUCUUGCUUGAUGAUUUGACUGGACAGCUAUACGUAAACACCAGCAAUGCCACAGAACUGAUUGGCAAGACAUUUGAGAUCGACAUCACUGUCACUGACAUGGGCACUCCAGCACUGUACACCAGUGCUGCUCUGGAGAUCACUUUCAUUAAUAAACUGGACCACCUAAAAAAUUCAUCUCCUGGCCAAUGGGGACAGUUGACCUUUACAAUGAUGCUAGCCAUCUGCCUCGGUGUCACCUGUCUGCUGCUCCUACUGGCAGCUGCUCUCGUAACCACAUUCUGUCGCCCUGAGAAACGGGACAACAGAGCCUACAACUGCAGGCAGGCUGAGUCCAGCUACACGCGACACCCUCGACGCCCUCAAAAACAGAUCCAAAAGGCAGAUAUUCAGCUAGUGCCGGUCCUGAGGGGCAGGAGGGAGGACCGAUCUGUGAACGAGGCACAACCACUCACCUCUCUCACACCAGAACCUGAGGAGCCUCUCUGCUGUGCAAACUUUAACUCAGCUGUCCUACACCAAGGGCUCCCUGAAGACCAGGCGACACUUCCACUAAGUCAAUUGAAAGCACUUAAUAAACCCAGUAGUGUUGAGCUAGACAGAACCCUGCCUCGAACCCCAGGCACUCUAUACCGCACGCUGCGUAAAACCAGGCAGUCUGAAUCUUCAACAUCGCUGUCACAGACAGACACGAUGAAGCGCUACGGGUGCCCUGAGGCUCAAACUGAAUCUGAGGAACCAUCUAGGACCCUGCGGAGACAGAAGAACUCGGAGUCCGGCAGGGGGCUGGAGAGCGAGGAUCACCGGCAGCUGCUGCGUAACUUAGUGCGCCUGUCCAUGGCUGCGUUUGGGGAGAAUAGUGCCAUUGAACUCUCGUCCGCCUCUCCAGAAGUGCAGCAGGUUUCCCAGCUGCUCUCCCUCCUACACCAGGGCCAGCUGCAGCCUCGUCCCAACUUCCGGGGGAACAAGUACUCGCACCGCGGUGGCAGGUCCGCUGUACAGGAUGCUGACUGGCUAAGCACCAAGGACAGUGGACACGGCGAGAGCGAGGCUGGAGAUGUGGACUGGGACACGGGUCGCGACUCCCCAGUCGACCACCUGCUGGAGGAAGGUCUGGACACCCUGCUCAGUAACACAGACGAGGUGUUCUCCGAUGUCUCGGACCCAGCCUGGAUGGCACGCCUGUCUCUACCUCUCACCACCGACUAUCACGAGAAUGUGUUUGUCCCAGAAGGGCCUCCCUCGCCCGCACCUUGGGCACCGCAGACGGACGGCAACCAAAGCACUGGCUUCUCCACCUUCGGGAAGACGGCCGAGAAGGGCAGCCCGCUGGGAGGGGCCCUGCUCUCCGAAGUCAGCACGCUGUUCGAGAUGCUGCUCACCCAGAAGGCAGACGCCCAGCCCCGCACCUCGGCACAGCUGCUGUACCGCCUGUCCGCCGCGUACCGCCGAUCUAUGGGGCUGGACGGGACGGCGGCCGGAGGGAGCAGCCCCGGCCGAUAUCCUGCGGGAGAGAGAAGCCCAGCGGUGCAGCACUCCGGCACUGCAGACCCUGAGAAACAGCAGCUCAUAUAAGCAGGCUGGACCCCUAAAUGAUGUUCGCUCCCGUUUCUCGGGUGCCCCUUUGCCGAGGAGCCUCGCCGACCACAGAUCUGCUGAACUCAUUAGUGCUAUUGACUGCCCCGCCCCCUCCAUCCAACAGCUGCACUUGGCAAUGUCCUGUCAGGAAAAGACUAAGGAGAAAGGAAGCCAGUGACAAAAGAAAUGGACUUUGCAGUCGGCGGUGUUGUGUAGCCGCCGAGACGCAGCUGGCUGGACUGCCUCCGCUGCGCCCUCUAGUGAGCCUCCGCUGGGCUGCCUGUCUCCUCAGGGACCGUCUUCAGGCCCGCAGUCCUGCGCAGCUGCUAACACGCUGGUGCAGCUCUGCGCGCAGCUGAAUCGAACCGGGAACCGGCCGGGCCCAUUGUGUAUUGUAUCAAGAUCCAUUUCGGACGGGGAGGAAGCGGUGCUUGCAAAGACUCAACACUAAUGACCGUCGCCGUGCCAACGGGAAGCAACAAUUGACAUUCUGGGCACAAUGGACCCCGUCUGUCCACAAUCCCAGAAUUCCAGAGCCGAGGACUGAAACUAAAUAUUUAGAUGGAAGAGUAGCUUGUACUUAUUCCUUUGAGUAAACUUUAUAAUUAAAGAAAAUCAUACAGAAACAGUUUAUAAAUCUCAUCUUUGUGGGAAAAGAAACAAUUGGAAUAAGACACGGCCAGUGACUGUCCAGGGUGUUUGGCUUAAGAUGUAUAAACAUUUUAAGUUAUUCAUUUAAAAGACAUAAAGGUGUAUAAUAUUCUCCGGGAGAGCUGUAACGUUAAGUGGACUGUUAUUCCUUUCACGCAAACCUGACCUUUAGCACUUUGUAUAUAUGUUUUUUCUAAUAAAUUUUUUACUCUGACUGGUGUGUCUCCUUGAAACUCAGAGUUAGACCAGGACUGUCAAUGUCCAAAU